AUGGUUUUAAAAGAGCAACAUAAAGAAGAUGGAAGAGCAAAUGAAGUAUUUGAAUUUUUUGACAGAACAAUAAGCAAACAUAUCAAUACUGCAAAAUUACUUUCAAGAGAUAUUAGAGAAGAUGAUUUAACUAUAGAAUGGCCAGAUUCUAAUUCAGUUAAUAUUAAUGAAAUCAGCGAGGAAUUAGAAACAAAUAACUUUAAUUUGGAAUUAAGAGCA